GAUAACAGGUCCCAUAACUGUUCUAAGUUUUAAUUCACAUUAUUUGCUAUGAUAUAUGAUAUACAUAUACGGAUUUCUUUAUUGCUUAUGGGUAAAGGAAAGAGUAAAAAUAAAAUAUCUCUAACUAUGUUAAAGGUCUGAUGAACUGGCUGAACAUUAUUUUAAAGGAUUAAUUAUUAUUAAUACUUGAUUGUUACUUUAAAGGAUAAUAUUCCAUAUUUAUAAGUUGGAUUAUUACUAACGUUUAUGUAAAUAUUUAGAAGAACAAUAUCAGUAUAGAUUAUUCUGCAUAGGGGGAUCAGGGGAUAUCAAACCAGCCACUACUAUACCAGCCAUUUAUUGUACUGGAUAAUAAUAUGAUGCACUGGAUCAGCUGCUCUUUCUAUACAGUAAAGAACCACCCCCUAUAAUUUAAUGACAUCACAAUGGCAGUCACAUGACCUUUGCGAUUACAUCACAUUGAACGCUCAUCUAAGUAUGACAACACAAUGGCAGUCACAUGACGUUUGCGAUUACAUCACAAUGAGCUGAAGAAGGUAUAAAAGCUGCUUGUAGCAGGAAGCUGCCAGACUGGAGAAGACCUGCAACCAUGCAGUUACUAAUCAUCAGUCUACUGAUUUUAUCAAAUCUUUUAUCACAUAAAUACUUAAAUAAUGAUAAACCAUCAAACACAUAUUUUGAAAAUCCGCUCAUCGAUUGGGAUAUUAUAAAUGCAGAGGAAAAAGCAGCAGCUGAACUAAAUGAAGAUCCCCUGAUUGAAUUUCAACUGAACUCAGAACCAGCCAAGAAACAGUCCUAUGAAGACCUGCUGAGAGUGAUUUCUACAUUAGAUGACAGAUUUAGUGACUUAGAAGUAAGAAUGCUGAGACUGCAAGAGUCUAUAGAGCAGCAGCCACACACGUCUGAGCCUAUUGACUCUGUCAGUAAAGAACAAGAAGAGAAACAGAACAAUAAGUACAGUGAGGAUACAAUUAUCACUCAUCUCCUUUGCCUGUUCAUCUUUCUGUUGGGCGCCUUGAGUAUCUCAGUGUAUAAGAAUAUAAAGUUGCUAAAGAAGAAUAAGGAAUAUACUCGUGCCGAAGAAGAGAGGCAAAGUGUAGAAACUCAAACAGAAUUUCACAGGCUGGAUCAAAGUGAGGAUGAGAUCUCAGGUGUUUCUGAUUACUCGUCUAGUCUGGAAUCUUAUUCAGAUUUUGAAGAAAACCAAAAAGGCAAGAAAAAGAAACGCUUUGGAUUCAACGUACGUAAAUGUUUCUGGCGUUGUUCAAAACUGAAAAAGAAGAAAAAUAAAGAAAAAGAGAAAACUCUAGAUGAGACUUCAGAUGAAAGCGAGGAAAGUGACGAGUCCAUAACUGAACCAACAAGAGAAAAGAGGAAACGUGGCCGUAACUUCCUUAUUUGCUGCAAGAAAAGUAAAACCUUUGAUUCUGAGGAUGAAGAAGAUGAAGGCAAGGGUAAGAAGAAACGAUUUGGCCUAAAAAUCGGAAAAUAUUUCUACCGCUUUAAACAAGCAAAGAAAUUUAGAAAAGCGAAACACAAGAAACGGUUUUGGCAAUGUGGUCGUCAGAGAGAAGAAGAGGAAACUCUGUACGAGACAUCUGAAGAGAGUGAGAAAAGUAUUGAUGAGGUGGCGAGUGUAAUCUCAGAAAGUAGUGAUGAGACAUACAGUACAAGCAGUGAAAUAACAAUAGAGACCUUAUAUGAAACUGCUGAAAGUGAUAUAUCCUCAUAUGUACAGAGAAGAAGAAAGAUAAAGCGUUGUACUCUCACUAUUCUUCUUUGUUGUAAGAAACGCAACAGUCUUGAUUCAGAAAACAAACAAGACGAGACUUCAUAUGAAACGGCUGAAAGUGAUCAGUCCAGUUCUGCAACACCAAGAGAAAAGAUAAAGCGUUGUAGCCUUAACAUUCUUCUUUGCUGUAAGAAAAGAAACUCUCUUGAUUCUGAUGACACAGACGAUGAGACAUCAUCAUACAAAUCUAUAGAAAGUGAUGAGUCCAUAUAUGAACCAGCUAAGAGAAAGAAGCAGCACAGGCGCUUUAAUGUUCUUUGUUUUAAGAAAAAACAAGGGCUACAUAAAAAAGCAAACGCUAAUAACGCCAAAAAGAAAAGCCUGAGAAAUAAACUUGAAUCCCCAAAGUUUCCUCCUGAGAAGACUUCGGGCGACUUCAGAAGACUGAAGCGGUGCAUGGGUUUUACCACCGGCAAUUACUUUAUCGCCAGUGGUGAAGCAUUUGGAGGAGAUUAG